CCACAUCAGUGUACUAUGUGCAGAAGGGAAAUAGAGCCUUUUACAUUCCACAUUCACAGGAACUGGCUACAAACUCCGGUGAUUUUCCUUGCAGAAUAUAACGCACACCUGAGUACUAUAACAUGUCACACCUGUGGCUGUGUCCUGCUGGGGCCCAGGGGUCCCAUGUCCCACGGAGGCUGAGAGCACGGCCAUGUUUGGUUGACCUGGGGACAGAGAAGUGGGAGCGGGGCCUUGCGGUGUCAAGAGUCAGGUCAAAACGCUGGGAGACCUUAUCUUCUGUUCCGUGACAUCACUGGUCAUUGAAUUGUUCUUAAACAGGGGACAGGGGCACCGUCACCUCGCCCGCGUGUCGACCACAGACACAACCGUCACCAGGCCCUUCUGCCCUGUCUCGUUCCGAUCCGGCGCGGGACAAGGGAGGCUCCGCGGAGAAACCGAGUCAGAUUCCCGGGACAAAGGAAGAGGCAGGCGGGUCAGCCGGCCAGGAGGGCGUUCGGCCGGAGCCGACCUCAGGGCGGGCGGAUCAGACACGUGUGUACCGCCGGCCCGUCACUCAGGGCGUAGGAGGCGGGGCCUGGGGGAUCUGCCCAAUCUGGCGCCACAGGGGCGGUGCCGGGACCACCCUCCAAUCAGAACGUCAAGGGCCUCAGGCUGCCCUAUCACAGUGCGGCAGUGCGGUGUCUCGGAGAAUUGUCCAAUCGAGGUGGUGGGGAGUUAUCUUCGGAACAGCAUCCAAUCAGAUCGCAUUGCCUGAAGCAACGCCCAAUCCGUGCUUGGGGGCGCAUAGCGCGGUGCAUUUAUAUUACCGGGUCCGGAAACACUCCAAUCAGGCCCUGGUGGGUGGGGGAUGGGGUGAUGCCAUCCCGCUCGGUGAGUGUGAGCUCUGAGUCGUGGCUGCUGGUGUGCGCUUGUCCCGCGCUCACCCAGUUUUCCGGUCCGCUAGCUCCUCGGUUGGAGGAGGGGCACGUGAGGGCCGCGGAGUCGCCGGGUCGCGAGAUCAAGAGGAGGACGCCCAGAGAGCUCCGUGUGCGGCCGCGAGAUGGACUCUGUGGUCUUUGUGGAUGUGGCUGUGAACUUCACCCCGGAAGAGUGGGCUUUGCUGGAUAGCAGCCAGAGGAACCUCUACAGAGAUGUGAUGCUGGAGACCUGCAAGAACCUGGCCUCAGUGGAUUAUUGCAUUCGAGUUAAUACCAGUGGAUCAAGUCCUCAGUGGGAUGUUUUGGAGGAUGAACCAUCUCAUGAAGAAAAAAUAGUAAGAUUUGCAAGAAACGAUUCCUGGUCUGUUUUUGGAGAAAACCAGACAUUUCGUAGCAGAGGAGAUUACCUGCAAACCCAGGAAAGGCGUUUGAGAAGUCCUUUUGUGGAGAGUGUCUGUGAACGUAUCGAAGGAGAUCAACGCGGAGGCACCCUGAACCCGAUUACAAGUCUUACCGCGCACCAGGGGUAUCCCACCGGAGGCAAAUCCUGUCAAUGCGCUAAGUGUAGAGAAGCCCUCACAGGUGGUUUUUUCCUAGGGAAUCUGCGAAGAUUUCACCCAGGACUCAAACCUAGUCCCUGUGAGGAAUGUGGGCUGGCCUGUAGCUGUGUCGCGAGCCUCGGCACUCAGGUGGACGCAGGCCUUGUAGAGAAACCCUAUGAAGGUCAGGACGCCGGGAGAGUAUCGGAGACGUACGCGAAGAGUCUCAGUAGUAAAAUAUCUCUAGAGUGCAAGAAAUGUGGAAAAGCUUUCAUUUGCACGUCUUCCUUUCAGGGUCACGUGCGAGGUUCCUGUGGACAGAGUGUCCAUGCGUGUGGCGUGUGUGGGAAUGCCUUUAUGUUUCACUCCCGUCUUACGUGUCACGUGAGAACUCACGCCGGGGAGAGGCCCAGUGAUUGCAUAGACUAUGGGAAGGUUUACAGCUGCCUCUCUUACGCUCAAGGUCACUCAAGUAAUCAACCUGGGGAAAGAGUUUUUCAGUGUGGGCUCUGUGGGAAAGCCUUCACUCGUCGGACCUACCUUCAAAGUCACGUGAGAACGCAUACUGGGGGAAAACCCUAUAAAUGUCAGGAGUGUGGAAAAGCCUUCACUCGUCGGGCCUACCUUCAAAGUCAUCUGAGAAAGCACAGUGGAGUGAAAUCUUUCAAGUGCCAGCAGUGUGGAAAAGCCUUCUAUUCGUCCUCGUACCUUCAAAUACAUGCACGGAUACAUACUGGGGAGAGACCCUGCGUGUGUCAGCAUUGUGGGAAAACGUUCAGAUACCCCGCAAACCUGCGAGCUCACGUGAGGACACACACCGGGGAGAGGCCCUACGAAUGUAAGGAGUGUGGAAAAACCUUCAGUCGUGUCUCCUCCUUUCGAAGGCACGGGAAAACCCACAGUUGAGUCAAACAUCUGAAAGUACGGAGUGUCGUUCCUAAUCCGUUCUAUUGUUCUUCAUUCCUUCGAUACGGAACAACGCACGCUGGGGAGAGACGCUUGCCAGUAGUGUGGGAAAGCUUUCAGGCAGCUCCAGCAUUUGCAAAGUCAUUUGAGAUACAGUUGCGUGAAACCCUAGGAGAGUAAAGAGUGUGGGAAAGCGUAGCAGGUUUACUCCUUCCUUGGAGGACGCACAGUGGGGAGAGACCCUUUGAAGGUCAGCACUGUGGGAAGACGUUCAGGCGUCACGGCUCCCGUCAAGAACACGUGAGGCUGCACAGUGGACGGUGAGCCGGUGAAUCUGAGGACUCUGGUGGGGCCUUCCAGUGCCCCGUAGACCUGCGGGAGCGUGUGACGACUCACACUGGGCACUGUGGGAGAGCCCCCAGUCGUCCCUCCUCCCACCGAGGACACAUGUGAAGGAAAACACGGCGAAGUGUAGCCUGAGAACGUAGGGACCGUGGAAAAGCCUUCGGGCAUCCCAGGAACCUGUGAGCACACACACACUGGGGACUAGCCCUGAGCACAGCACCUGUGGCAAAGCCUGCAUUCUCCCCUAAUAGUCAUAUUUAAAACAUGAGCAAACACCACGGAGAGAAAUCUUCUCGAUGGGAAAAGUGUCGGAAAAGCUUGGAAGGAUCGUAGGUCACGUAUUUUGUCCAUGGCAGGUCAGGCAGCCCCGGCAUCUUCUAAUUGUUGUAAAUAUGGAUUUGUCUUUGCAAAUGCCUCUUCCUUACAGGGAUCCCAAGUGCGUUAAUUCCAGCUCAUGCCUAAGAAGCAUCCCACUGUGUCCUUCUCGCCUGUAGGGCAUUAUUUUGUUAUCUCAGAUCCGAAAACCGCACACAGUUAUGGCAAACGUGUCUCCACGACGAUGUCUUCUGGACCCAGGGCUGAUCAGUGGUCUGUACGUGUAUCUCGUCCUCUGGUGCAGAGACUAGAACUCCCCGACUCCGCCCUGCCCCUUCUUGCGGUCUCUAUUAUUGAAAGUUGUGUCUCCACGUGUGCUGUUGCUGCCGUGUGCCCACCUGUGUUCCCCAUGGACGUUAGUAAACGCGCAAGGAUACUGGAGGAGGACAGUCUCCUCUGAUCGUGUUCAUGGUUUGACCUCCGCUCAUCGCCCUUGAUCUCGGUUGUUCAUCAGUCAUGACCCAUUGAGUUACGAAGAGAAACUCUGUUGGGGGUGCCUGGGUGGCUCAGUGGGUUAAGCGCCCCACUCUUGAUUUUGGCUCUCAGGUCAUGAGCUUACGGUUCGUGGGAUUGAGCCUCGUGUCAGGCUCUGCGCUGACAGCUCUCUCUCUCUCUCUCUCUCUCUC